AUGUCUCCGGCGCGUCCGUGCACGGGGCUGAGGGCCGCGGUGGCUGCCAGCAUGGGGUUGAGCGAGGGGCCGGCGGGCUCCGCCCGGAGCGGGCGCCUUCUCCGUCCGCCGAGCCCCGCUCCGGCGGCGCCGGGGGCCCGGCUGUUCCGGCUCCCGGGGAGCGGGGCCGUGCGGGCCGCAAACCCGGAGCGCGCCGGCUUGUACCGCGUCAAGGGCCGCAGCGAGACCAAGCCGCUGGCCGUGUGCCUGGGCCGCGUGGCCGACGUCUACAGGUACUGCCGUGUGAGAGUACCUGAGGGGCUCCUGAACGACCUGCUGCCAGGACCAGUGACCCUGGUGAUGGAACGCUCAGAGGAGCUCAACAAGGACCUGAACCCCUUUACUCCUCUUGUAGGCAUCCGGAUUCCUGACCACGCCUUCAUGCAGGACUUGGCCCAGGUGUUUGGGGGACCGCUUGCUCUCACCAGUGCCAACCUCAGCUCCCAGACCAGCUCUCUGAAUGUUGAGGAAUUUCAGGACCUCUGGCCUCGCUUGUCCUUGGUCAUUGAUGGGGGACCAAUUGGGGACGACCAGAGCCCUGAGUGUCGACUAGGCUCAACUGUGGUUGACUUGUCUGUGCCUGGAGAGUUUGGCAUCAUUCGUCCGGGUUGUGCCCUAGAAAGUACUUCGGCCAUCCUCCAGAAGUAUGGGCUGCUCCCCUUACGUGGAUCCUGCUUGUGA